AUGCUCGAAGAAUUUCAUUAUAUGAAGUGGUUUUGUAUUAGCGUUAAGCUGCGAGUGUUGCAUUGGGAAUCAUUUCCGGAUUUGAGGACAUACUUUCUGUACCGUGCCUGUUAUUUUGGGCUGUAUGAUACCAUACGAAUCACGGUUGAGAAGGAUAAAAAGAAUUUGCCCUUCUUUUCAUCUUUCCUUAUCGCUCAAGGAGUGUCCAUAUUCUCAGCAUAUUUGACAUACCCUUGGGAUACAGUGCGAAGAAGAAUGAUGAUUAAAGGAACUCUCAGUACUAAAAGAGCGUUCAGUGCGGCUAAGCGUAUUGUCGUUGAAGAGGGAGUGCAUGGACUGUUCAAAGGAGCGCUUGCUAAUAUCUUCAGGACGAGUGGAGGAGCAUUGGUGAUGGCGAUAUACGAGGAGAUUCAAAAGCACUUAUAA